AUGAUAGCGCCGAAUCAAUUCACAUCGGAAUGGAUGAACGCUGCCGAAUUGACAGCAAGAUUGGAAUUAGGUGAUCGCAUCGAAAUAAGGCGAGUGGUUGGAAGAAAUCAACGACAGAUCUAUGCGUGGAGGUUUUUCGAGACUUUCGAUUUCUUUCAGCAUUGGGCUCUUUUCAUUGGGUAUUAUGAAGACAUGGCUUGUGUCGCACAUGUGACCACAAAUUCUGGUGAUUUCGAUGUGAACGUAACUGAUGUGAUCAAUCCGUCCGACUCCGUUGUUGACCUAACAACGAAAUUUGUGAAAGGUAGUCAAGCACAAGUACAACAAGGUGAACUCACGCGUGUUGCACGUACGGAUAUGUGCCGAAUCAAUAACUCACUGGAUCGACUUCGAAGACCGUUUCCACCAAGCAUUAUCGUUACCAGAGCACUUCUCAUGCUUGGAAGUGGCGGUUACAACAUUCUGUUCAAUAAC